UGCAGGUUGCAGUCUGGGGUAUCCGGUCCUUCACAAACGAUUUUUCAGAUGCUGGGCAGAGGUCUCUUCUGCUGUAUUAUGAAGUUAAAGAAUAGAUUUUUUGUUUCUCCAAGAAAUAGGCAACAUGCUAUGAAAGAAGUUACGGUUUCUCACUGGAAGCAAGAAAACUCCUGCAAAAAAUGCGUCUGUAGGGAAUGGCCACCAAUACGCUUCAUACCAACAAUACACAGUUCCACCCUUCCACCUUCCUCCUAGUGGGGGUCCCAGGGCUGGAAGAUGUGCAUGUAUGGAUUGGCUUCCCCUUCUUUGCAGUGUAUCUAAUAGCGCUUCUAGGGAACAUCACUAUCCUGUUUGUGAUACAGACUGAACGGAGCCUCCACCAACCCAUGUUUUACUUUCUAGCCAUGUUGGCCUGUACUGAUCUGGGCUUGUCUACAGCAACCAUUCCCAAGAUGCUGGGUAUUUUCUGGUUUAAUCUUAGAGAGAUUGCAUUUGGUGCCUGCAUCACACAGAUGUAUGCCAUUCAUAUAUGCACUGGUCUGGAGUCUGUGGUACUGACAGUCAUGGCCAUAGAUCGCUAUAUUGCCAUCUGCAACCCCCUGAGAUAUAGCAUGAUCCUUACCAACAAGGUAAUAGCCAUUCUGGGCAUAGUCAUCAUUGUCAGGACUUUGGUGUUUGUGACUCCAUUCAUAUUUCUCAUCCUGAGAUUGCCUUUCUGUGGUGUCCGGAUUAUCCCUCAUACCUAUUGUGAACACAUGGGCUUGGCAAAGUUAGCUUGUGCCAGUAUUAGAGUUAAUGUUAUAUAUGGAUUGAUUGCUUUCUCAGUGGGAUACAUUGACGUUUCUGUGAUUGGAUUUUCCUAUGUCCAAAUCCUCCAAGCUGUCUUCCAUCUCCCAUCCUGGAAUGCCCGGCUUAAGGCACUCAGCACAUGUGGCUCUCAUGUCUGUGUCAUGUUGGCUUUCUACCUGCCAGCCCUCUUUUCCUUCAUGUCACACCGCUUUGGCCACAACAUCCCUCGUUACAUCCACAUACUUUUGGCCAAUUUGUAUGUGGUUUUCCCCCCUGCUCUUAACCCUGUUAUCUAUGGGGUCAAGACAAGACAGAUAAGAGAACAGGUACUUAGGAUGCUUAAACCUAAAAGCUUUUGAUAUUUGGCCCCCAAGAGGAUCUUUCACAAUUUAAUUAGACAAUAAUGAGAUCAUAACCCAAGUAAAUACUGGAAACAUUUUUUUUUACUACUCCUGUUGCAUUCCCACAUACAAUGUCUCAUGAUUUCAGUACAGUCCAUUGGAAGGUAUAGCUCAAAGAUUCCAAAACAAUCUCUACAUUUCACCCAUUAAAACUACAAGAAGUAUUCAAAUUUAAACCCCAUGAUACUACAAAAUGCCAAAAGAGAGAGAAAAGUUUUGUAAAAUGUGUUGCCCAGUAAUUGUCUUGAAUAGCCUUUCCGUGUGACGAUUCUCUUCAUUUACAUAUCUGAAGCUGGAUUUCAUGACAGUUAAAAUGAUGUGGAAUUUCAUCAAAACCAAUCAAGAUACAGUGGCAAGAGUAAUUAGGAAUCAUAAGAUCCAGAUUUAAAUACAGGUUAUGGCUUCUCCUGAAAUUUUGACCUGAGCAUUUCACCUAGAGCUCUUUGAGUUCAUGGUAUCAAAUUCAUACUGAUUUAUAGCAUUUUAUGAGCAGGGAUAUUGAAGCUUAAAGAGAAUGUUGUAAAACUCUGUGCAGCUUGUAAAAUAUUAAAAGAUUUGGAAACAAA